AUGGAACAGUUGACUGAGUUCGUGAGUAAAUCGUUUGACCGCGCCGCGGCGGAGGAGGCGGCGACGCGAGAGGAGGUGACCCUCCUCCCUCCGCCGCCGGUGAAGGAGGAAAGUGAGGACGAUGAGGACUGUGUGGAGGAGGAGGAGGACCAGCAGCAGCCUGUCGACAUGAGGACGGCCGUGCUGCCGGACUCGUCCUCACCGACGCUCAAGUCAGAUGAGACGGAAGGAGCUCCCUGCAGUCGUCAGGAGGACAGCGACUCGGCCGCCGCUCCGGCCGACCCCUCCAACUCCAGCUCCAGCUCCUCAAAAGUCAAACAGCGGCGCAGCAGAACCAACUUCACGCUGGAGCAGCUCUCGGAGCUGGAGCGGCUCUUUGACGAGACCCACUAUCCGGACGCCUUCAUGAGGGAGGAGCUGAGCCAGCGGCUGGGGCUAAGCGAGGCCAGGGUUCAGGUCUGGUUUCAAAACCGCAGAGCCAAAUGCAGAAAACAUGAAAGUCAAAUACACAAAGCCGGUAUGCUGCUCGGUCCGACGGUCUCUGCCGCCGGCGUGUCGGGCCCGUCGGGGGCGGCGGCGCGGCCGGCCGGCGUGCCGCUCGAGCCGUGCCCGAUGACGCCCCUGAGCCCGUACCCGGGCCGACUGGCGGCUCACAGCAGUCACCUGGUGCCGCCACCGGAUCAGAUUACCGCCGCCGUCAGCCGGCUGUCAGCACUCGACCCGGCCCUGCUCCAGUACGUGGCCGCGGCGGCCUCUCUGUCAGCUGUGACCUCUCUGGCGAGCUCUCACCACGCGCCACCACCACCCCCGCCACCGCUGCUGUUUUACCCGAGCGCCGGCUACCCGCUGGGACUGGGCUCUGCCGUAUGGAGUUCGGCCGGCCGGCUCGCCUCCAAGACGAGCAGCAUCGCCGACCUGCGCAUGAAGGCCCGCAAACACGCCGAGAGUCUGGGAGCGGCGCUUGGCUCCCGACUUUCACCGGUCUGAGUCUGGUGUUUGAGUCUCACCAGUCUGAGUCAUGGUUGAGUCUCACCAGACUUGGCCUCGGACUCUCCUCAGUCAGUCCUGGUGUGAGAGUCUCACCAGUAUGAGUCACGGACUCCGGAGUCUCUUCAGUCUGAGUCCCAGAGUCAGACUCAAAGGCGCUUUUAAUAGUAUGAGUCCUGAAUUCAGAGUCGAGUCGAUCUGAACAACGGAGUCGGAGUCUCCUGUUUGAGUAACAGUGUCAGAUUCGCUGGUAUGAGUCACGGUAGAGCCAGAUUCUCACCGAUUGGAGUCUUAGGGGUCUCAGUACGGUCUGAGCCACACUAGGAGAGAGUCAUUAGACACCUGAACUUGUGAGUCGGUGAGCCAGGAGGCUUCUUCAGAUGAGCCAAAUUGCCAGAAAAGCAGUUUUGAAUGAGGGAGUGCAGUCAGAAUAGGGAAACGUUCAUUAAAUGGAGUCAUUGCAAUGUCAGUGCUGCACUAGCGUGCCCUUGCUGCAUAAACUGGUAUAGUGAUAUGUGCUUAGUGCAAGUAACUACAACUUUUAUUUGCUCUCAGUGCAGCUUGAAUAAAUAACAAAAUUUUCGUUAAACAUUGCUGGUAUUGCUAUUAACUUCACGGAACGCUAGUUGAUAAACUGAUUAUUUUCGCACCACAAAUACCUACUCGAGCUCAUUACGACGGUCUCAUAGUGAUCUCUGAAAAGUAACAGAUCUCAAGCGCCUAAA